AUGGCCUCAACCUCCCUUAACCGGGCAGACACUCGGAAGCGCAAGUCACCGAGUGCAGGGCCAGGCCUCGAGUCAACACCCAAGCGCCACAGUCUGUCAGGAUAUGAUCCCCAGGCCCCGUGGCUAUAUGAAGGCAAUCCUUCUGGCGGGUCACGUGCACUGGGAACUCCAGAUGUGAAGCAUUCACUUCCGCUGGCACAUAUGGUGUCCGCCGUGCAGGACUUGAUUGACCCGGACUUCGAUCCGCUGACGGCCAUGUUGGAUGACGAGCCUCGAUUUCUGAAGCCACUACCAGCUCGCAUCGCGCCGGAGGACUUGGAGUUCCUGCGGUUCCGAGGUGCGCUCUCGCUGCCAGAGAGCGGUCUGCGGGACGAGCUGCUUCGCUGUUAUAUUCAGUGGGUGCAUAGUUUUAUGCCGGUUUUAAAUUUGCAAGAAUUCUUGCGAUGCGUGGCGGAGAAUGAUCCGGAAGGAAACGUUAGUAUUUUGCUGUUUCAGGCAGUGAUGUUCGUCGGUACGGCGUUUGUCGAUCUUAAACAUCUGCAAGAUGCGGGAUACUCAACUCGGAAGAGCGCGCGGAAUGCGUUCUUCACUCGCUUAAGGCUACUAUAUUCUUUAGACUGCGAGGAGGAUCGAAUUGUGAUCCUACAAACAUUGCUCUUGAUGACAUAUUGGUCUGACCCGGAGAACAGUCCGCAGCGAGACAUCUGGGAUUGGAUUGGGGUAUGCAACACCCAGGCACAAUCUAUUGGAUUGAACAAAGACCCUGCAUCAGGCGAUAUGCAUGUAAGAACUCGACGACUCCGCGCUCGGCUCUGGUGGUGCCUAUACUCCCGAGACCGGCUCAUCGCUAUGGGUAUGCGCCGGCCCCUUCAAGUCAAUGAUGGAACAAGCAAUGUGCCUAUGCUUAGUCUAGAAGACUUUGAUUUUGAACCCUUUGCUCCGUCCGUUAUUACAAGUUUCCGCUGCCGCCAAUUGGAAGAUGUAUCACAUCAGAAACGUUUGUCUAUCAUGUUUAUUGAGAAGAUGAAGCUUUGUCAGUGUAUUGGCAGGGUAUUAUUUGCCCAAUAUACUCCUUCACAGCGUCAAUUUGGAGCCACGAACCGGACCACAGUCACGCUUGUCCCCCGACAAGCUUCAGAGUCCGAGUUUGCGCGAUGCGGCCAAAAGCUUGAUUCAUGGCUCAGCACACUACCCAAAGAUGCACAAUUUAUACCCAAGACAAAACACAACUUCCGCGAUGGCGAGGACGUGCUGCUCCUUCAUGGCGCAAUGCUGCGUAUGCUUUAUCAUGCUACCAGCAGCGCACUUCACCGGCCUUGGGCAGCUGCUGUCAAAGACCAAUCUAAGACGCGCACUGAGCUGUGCAAUACUGCCCGCAUAAAAAUGCACGAUGCUGCCAGUGGAAUAACCCAUAUUAUACAGGGGUUGAAUCAACUCAAUUUGACCCGGUUCCUACCCCAGUCUGGAGUCACCGUGAUUCUACCCGCUGCCGUGGCACAUCUAUCCAACACCAUGUCCGAGAAUCCGGCUGUCCGCGAAAGCAGUGUAUACAAUUUCCACCGUUGUAUCCAAGUACUGCAUUGCCUGAAAGAUAUAUAUCCAGCCGCGGACCAGGAGUUCGCCAAUAUUGAAGCCGCCAUCAAAAUGCAGUCAGGUGCCUCCAGCACCUUUUUUGAGGUCAUGCAAUACAACCUCGAUGCUCCUGCCACAUCCCUGACAACAAGAAAGCCAAGCAGCCACGAUCCAAUUCCUAUACCGCAAUACCAUCCCCUCCUCACCGACCAGUCUACCCCUAAGCCUGACACCCCAGUCUCAAGAGACUAUGCUACACCUAACCAAGGCCUAGGGGGUCUCCCAACCCCCAGAAACUCCACCACAGAGACAACUCAAGAUUCUUCUCUGCCUCUCUUCCCCAACGAGUUCGACCAGUUCGCCGACCCCAGCACCGUCGACAACAACCCCUUCAACUUCUUCUCAAUAGACAUCGACUGCUUCCCGGAGAUGCCGACUCCUGCAACGAAUUCCAAAUUGGAUGGAAACAAUGUAUCACCAACUGCACAAGACGAAAAUAUAGACUGGACACAAGAUCUAUUCCGAGACACGGACAUGGGUCAAUUCAACAAGACGCAGUCCUUCGAUCCAGUGAGGACACCCCAACAAGAACAAGAGCAGGAUUCGUUCUCGUUCGAGUUGCAAGGAAUAGAUGAAACGCUACCUGGGACGCACCUGCGCCAUCAAUCUAUGGGUGAUGCUCGACCUGGGAUCACUGGUGACCUUGAUCGGGAUCUAGGGUUCCAGUCUGACGAUGACAUGUUUUAG